GUAUCUAUACAGACGUCAACACACUACUUCAUUUACUGAUAGUCUAUCCUUCUAAAGACGAACGUAGUAAAGUAUUCGUUGACUAAAUUUCUCGUUAAAAUGAAUGUCGAUCAGUUUUCUUUCUAGGAUUACACCUACUUAGUUUUGUCUCUUCCUCUUAUUACCUAGACAACCACGGUGAAGUGUUUAUUAUUAAGAUCAAAAUGAAAUUGAUUGAAAACGUUGUUUUCCGAUAAUGAACAUUGUUUCCCUUAGACAGAAGUGAUGGUAACAAAACUUUCAGUAAAUAAAUAUAUUCAUUAAUUCGUCACUGCAGAGUAAUCAAUUUUUUGUUGUUUAGUCCUAACUACUUACCGGAUUCUAUCGAUCAUUUUGUAUUGUGGUCACCAAGGUCGAAGACUUACAAUCUUGGUGCACUCUGACUAGUUUUAGGUGGUUGGUGGUAAUAGGUAGGAACUUUUGAACCUAUAAUUUGUCCUUGUUGGCAUUCUCCGGCAAAUCGUAUUCACACUCUAGUAGAAACUGAUAUCCCGACAGAGAUUCAAACCUGUCACCCAAUGCUGCGGUCAGUGACCUUACCACUAAGCUUUUCGGGCAGCCAUUAGGUUUCUUAGAUUCGCGACAGCAUCUAGAAAUUAUUAGUGCCAUUCAGUUAUUACCUAUGACUAGAUAACAUGAAUUGCUUACCCUUAAGUGACUGAUCGGUCUAUGAAAUUCAAUCCUAUGGGAGGUCAGUUGAAGCGCGAACAGCGCAGUGGUAAGACCACUGACUACAGUACCGGGUGAUAUGGUUGGAGUCUCUGAAGGAAUAUCAGUUCUCUUGGGGUUGUGCAUACGCCUUGUCGAUGUUUGCCAGCAAGUCCGAAACCCAGUUCUUUCUAUCGAUUGUCUCCAACAAAGUAACAUCGAAAUAAAUGUGUGUUUUUCAACUUGGCUGAUAUCAGUGAUACACAUGCUGAAAGCAGUUUAAAGGAUGAAAAAAUAAUUUUCAGAUCCUAAUUCUUAAACAGUAUUUUUGAUGAUGGUUGUCUUAAACCACUGAUAAUUUAUAAUAAUAAUCCGCGUCAAGAGCGAUGACAUGAUCGUAAGACCCAGCUCUAUGCAUCGCAACAUGCUUCCGAAUAAUAUAGCCAAUAUGUAAUAAUUCAUCUUAUCAUGUUUCAGGAUUUAUUGAUGCCAUUUCAUUCUCCUUCCGUCGACCUCCGAAUAUUGUGGGUUUCAGAUUUAAUUGAAAACUGUUCCUCGUCCUGGACAUUAGUUUCCUGUGAAACCAGACUUGAAUUCAAAGGUCUCUUUUUAAAGCAAAUGGAUAAAUGACUGAAUCAGUGUAUUUGAUGUUUUCUUAAGGUGAAUCCGAAAUAAGCGCUCCUACAUCUAACUUCAAAGCAUCAAAGUUUGCUUAAAAGAAACAUUGAUUACUUGCAGAUAUACACAUAUUUACAAUGUUCUCGUAAAUGGGUAAAGUAUAUUUUUGUUACCUGUAACUACAGUAUUGCUAGCUAACCUGAUGAAAUCAAAUGUGUAUGUUAACCAAACUUAUUUGCACAUCUCAGAGUUUUCACUUUUAUAUGUGCUUUUGAAACUCAACAACCGUUUGCACUCUCAUACAGUAGACAUGGAACCAUAUGUAUUGUGUGGGCGCUGAUGAAACUAAUUGACUGCCUGCAUCUCAGUAGUUGGGGUGGUGUUCAAAUCCAUGGCUGAAAGUCGAGUACCUAAAUCAAUGAGCUAUACCUCCAGUACACUCGCAUAAACUGUGUUAUUUAACUAAUAUUAUGCUUGUUUACUUAGUAAUUCCCUAUCCCUUUAUUACUUGUUGGUCUAAAUCAUAAAACAGCACACAGACAGAAUAGAACAAUGCAGAUUUUAUGAAUUAUUGUUUAGUAGUGCUGAAGCUCAGUUUACAAUAAAGUCAUAUGUUCGAAUAUUGUCAUACUUCAAGCCUACAUGUUAGCUUAAAUGCAGAAUUUUAAAAAGAAAGCCCUAUUAAAUAGAUUAAUUACUUUUCAAUGACAUUUUUAGCUCAUAAUUUAUUUCUUUACUCUGAAUUCCAAUUCCUAAUAAUUCUGGGUGAUCAUUUCACUUUUCUUGUCAGUGGAACUGGUUGGCAAUUAUACGCUAUCGUUACUGUAUCAGUUACACUAUAUUUUAUAGUAACUGGAUUCUGUUUCACUGAAGCCUAUAUAUGGCCGAGAAAGUCUAAAUUUGUAAGAGUUGGAAGACAUUUCCUGUUGAUGAGAAUAAUGAAUACCGUGGUCAGUCAACUUUGGUGAUAAGUGGAGAUGGAAACCCAAAUGAACUAAGUGAACGACGAACCAUGAAUGAUGAUGAUGACGACGACCAGUGUGAAUGCGAUAGGAUUAAUCAAAUUCCAAAUGUGCUCAUGUUAACUGGUGUCCAGAAUAGCACCCUCGAAGAAUCGUCUAUGAAGAAAAUCAAAACGUUCUUUGAAGAAUUCCAUCCAGAUAUCAUUGUGAAAUGGAUUCAGCCAGUUUAUUUGAUUAGACAGUUGAUUGAACUUGAACAAGCUAAAACAGAAACAGAAAUAUACCUCUAUAGUGCAGUUGAAGAGUUAGCAGCCACUGGUAGACAGCCAUCCUAUUACAAAUGCAGUGUUUGUUGUCAUUCACUGGGAGUGUGUAAAUCAAAGGCUAAUGCAAUCGAGGUAUAUAAUGAGCAGUUAAAUUUACUUGAAACACAAAUACACGCUUUUAAAACGUUUAUUGGUUUAUUGAAUACUGACUUUUUAAUCAGAACGAAUGAAGGUAAAGAUGAUACUUUACUGAAUAUACCACAUACAGGUAUUGUGUUUGUCGGCUUGGAGAAUUCUGAACAAGCUUUAAGAUUUUUGUCUUCAUACACAGUCUGUCCUUUACACGUUCUACAUAUCGAUAACACUUUAAACAUGAAAAUGUAUUGUGAAAGUCAUCGGCCUUGGAGGAAAUUGUAUUCAAUCAAAAAACCAAAGAAGCCUGGUGUAUUCAGACAUGCUUACUUAGCGCCACCAGCUUCUGAUUUACUAUGGCUAAAUUUGACUUCCACAACAUAUCAUGGAUGUGCAUGGUGGUUACGUGUGGUUGGAAUUCGUUUAGGCGUUGUGCUAAUGGCAUUCCUAUUAACAUCACCUGUCUACAUACUUACCAUAGUGAAUUUCACUGGACUGUUUGAUUGGCUUGGUCGAAUCGCACGUCCAUUCAUUUUUAAAUGGUUUCCAUCCGCAAUCUUGGCUGGUGCAUCAGUACUUCUUACUCGUUUGGUGAUUACGAGUGAGUACUGGACAAGACAUAAAACACGUGGAGGGUUAGAAAGUGUUAUAUAUCGAAAUGCGUUUUGGUUUUUAUUUUUCACUGUGCUUGUGUUCCCUUCACUUGGAAUAACAGGCUUUCCAGCCUUAUUGUAUCAAAUUAUAAACACAGAGGCUAAUCCUACAGAUCCGUUCACAUAUUAUGUUCCUUUUCGACUGGAGUGCAUAUUUUUACCGGAUAGUGGUUCAUUAUUUAUGAAUUAUGUAGUGACCUGUGGACUUCUUGGAGCGGGUUUACAAAUUCUUCGUCUGAAUCAUAUUAUUCCACAAUUGAUAAAGCGAAUUUGUCAUUCCCACACAUUGGCAGAACGAAAGGUUUUCUCCCAACCUCAGCCGGAAACAUUUGGAUUCGGAGAAAAUCAUGCCUUUCUUUCAGUUGUCCAUACAAUUAUCAUUGCCUACGCUCCAAUAUGUCCAUUAAUCUACUUCUUCGGUAUGGUGUACUUCUUGUUCAAAUUUCUUGUCGAUAAGUAUAUGCUUGUAUGGAUUUAUAGUCCUUUGCAGUCGGAUAUACGUGGAUGGAGUGAAACAGAUCGAAACAAUUAUAGAUACAUCUAUCAUCUGAAAUGGUUUCUCCAGUCAACUCGAUUUAGCUUAGCUGGGAUUUGUAUGGCAUCACUUAAUGUGUCUGUAUUUUACUUACUACGAUGGUCUACAGUGGAAUUACGCCCAUUAACUAUUGCUUUCCUGACGUUGACUGCACUUACUGUGGUCAUAUCUAUUGUAUUACCGUGUUUAGUAAAUCAACGUCUAUGGCCUCUUAUCUUCCCUACUUCUGAAUGCAAGGAAUUUUCAGAUCAUUAUUGUGGAUUGCUCAAUCGAAAACGAAAAACUUCAGUAGAAGACAAAAUUAUACCUGGUGAUGAAAUUUGCACUUGCCCAAAACUAUAUUCUGAUGCUCACACGAGUGUAUCAGAUUACGCGGUCCCUGUGUUACGUGACUUGAAGUCAUAAUGGAUUAUAUCCCACUUAAGUCUCCAGAGAGUUAAAGAAGCUAAAUAUUUUGUAUGAGUUCUAAUUAAUUUCUUUUUGCAUAACAAAAUAAACUUUCCUAACACAUAAAACAGAUCAUGUCAAACGACUUAUCUUACAUUUAUAACUAAAUAAUGUAUGCUUAUUUUUAAUAUGAAAUAAAAAAAUCACCUAAUUUUAUUUUGUUUGGACCAGCAUUAUAAAGAAAACCAUUACUGAACCUUCAAAUAAAACUCAGAUUUCAUUCUGA